AUGCCGUCUUCCUUGCAUACUACCUUAACUCGGGGGCCUUCCCCGGAGCAAGCCCCAUCGUCUUGGCCUUCGUUGGCGGGCUGUCUUUCUCCGUUGGUGAGUGUCGUGUCGUGCCCCGCAUUCGCGCCGCAUUCUGACAGCCGGUCUGUAGCCCUCCUCGUUGCUCCGAUCGUCACCUGGCUCAUCCCCCGGAUCGGUACAAGGCCCACGCUUGGUAUCGGCGUGGUAGUUCAAGCCGCUGCUCUCGUCGGUGCCUCUUUCACGUCGCAAAUAUGGCAUCUUCUCCUCUCCCAGGGUCUAGCUUUCGGCGUUGGCAUGGGCUUCACUUUCAACGCUAAUGUCGGCGUCAUUCCGCAAUGGUUUGUUGUACGUCGUUCCUUCGCCUCCGCCAUCGGCAGCGCUGGUUCGGGCUUGGGCGGACUGAUCUACUCCCUCGCAUCAACCGCAAUGAUCCGUAACAUCGGCCUACCGUGGGCCUUUCGCAUUCUGGCUAUCCUGUCGUUCGUGGUCAACGGCGCGUGCUGUGCUCUCAUGCGGGAUCGCAAUAAAGCUCUUGGUAGCGUUCACGUCGCCUUCCACAAGGCGCUGUUUAGAAGGGUUGAGUACUGGCUUUUCAUGGCCUGGGGCUUCUUUUCGCUGUUUGGAUAUGUUAUUGUGGUCUUUUCACUGGCAGACUUUGUGCAGACGGUCGGCUUCAACGCAACGCAGGGAUCUAUUGCCCCGGCUAUGUUCAAUCUGUCUCAAGGACUGGGCCGACCGAUUAUUGGUCUCAUCAGCGACCAUGUUGGACGUAUCAACGUUGCUGGGUUAAGCACGCUCAUUGCUGGACUUGCGACUUUAUUUGUCUGGAUAUUUGCCGGCAAAUACUUUGCAGGCACCAUCGUCUACGCCCUCUUCGGAGCAUUCGCUGGCUGUAUCUGGGCCACCGUCACUCCUGUUGGUGCCGAAGUUGUCGGAAUCCAGCUUCUUCCUUCAGCGCUGUCUAUAUUUUGGAUAAUCCUUGUCAUCCCGGCAACCUUUGCUGAGCCCAUCGCUCUCUCUAUCAAAGGGUCGGGUGUGGACGCCUAUAUCAAUGUGCAAUUGUUUGUGGGUUUCAUGUACAUUGCCGCAUUCAUAUCUUUAUGGUCUCUUCGAAUUUGGAAAAUUCGUGAGUUGGACAACAUCGACCUCCCGGCGGAUCAGCGCGAUGAUGUGCUGCGCAAUAACGAUGUUAUCUCACUUACCACUUCCCGACGGACUGAGCCGAAACACAGCAUGUUAACUUCCAUCAUGAAGGGUGCUUUCGUUGUCCAGCGAGUGUAG